AUCUGUCACAGCAGUUAAGGCAGGCCACUCUGCAGAGGAGCACACAGCAACGCUUUGAGUGUCCCGGGACACCCGGUAUUAAAGUCAAGAUGGACUCUGUCACUCCUGAUACCGACGGGAAGCAAAAUGGCUACACAAAGGUCCAUAGCCCUGUGGCUGGGGUACUUCUGGAGAAGACAAAAGAGAAAAUAACCAUAUAUCAAGCCAUGAAAAAACGUCUUCUGAAGCCAGGAACAGCAUUAGCCCUGCUUGAAGCACAAGCUGCCACUGAGGGCAUCAUAGACCCAGUGAACAAUCGAAAACUUCCUGUUGAAGAUGCUGUUAAAGAAGGACUAGUUGGACCAGAGAUGAAAGAGAAACUGACAGCAGCUGAGAAAGCUAUCCAUGGUUAUACAGACCCCUACACUAACGAAACAAUCUCUGUUUUCCAAGCUAUGCAAAAGGAUUUAGUCCCAAGGGAUUAUGGCUUGAGGCUGCUGGAAGCACAGAUAUCUACACAAGGCCUGUUUGAUCCUGUUGAAAAGAGGAAUAUUUCAGUGGAGUCAGCAAUAAAUAAGGGCUACUAUGAAAAAGACUUGCUCAGAGACCAGAUGGAGGAGCUCAGAGUGUUCUACGAUCCAAACUCACAAGAAAAUCUCAGCUAUCGACAUCUCCUGGAGAAAUGUAUGGUGGAACCUGAUACAGGCCUGUUGUUGCUCCCUGUUUGCGUCACCUUCAAAGGUCUGCGUAGAGGCGUUUCCUCCACUGAACUCCUUGAAAGUAAGAUCAUUGACAAAGAAACAUAUGAUGACUUGCAGAGGGGUAAGACCACAACACAGGAUGUGAUGCUAAUGGAAACUGUAAAAGAAUACCUAGAGGGCAAAGGCAGUAUCUCAGGCAUUGCAAUAGUCUCGACCAGUGAGAGAAUGAGUAUCUUUCAAGCCAUGAAGCAAGGCUUACUAAUGCCUGGAACAGCAUUAGUUCUGCUGGAGGCACAAGCUGCAACUGGAUUCAUGAUAGAUCCUGUGGAAAACAAAACGUACAGUGUAGAUGAAGCCAUCAAAAACAAGCUUGUUGGCCCAGAAUAUCAUGCAAAGCUGCUUUCUGCUGAGCGGGCGGUAACUGGAUACAAAGACCCAUACACAGGUGAAACCAUCUCUCUUUUUCAAGCACUAUCAAAAGAUUUUAUUGUAAAAGAACAUGGGAUCCGAUUACUUGAGGCUCAGAUUGCAACAGGUGGAAUCAUAGACCCAGUCAACAGUCAUAGACUUCCUGUGGAAGUGGCCUACAAGAGGGGUUAUUUUGAUGAGAAGAUGAAUUCCAUACUAGAAGACUCAGGAGAUGACACAAAAGGCUUCUUUGACCCAAACACAAAUGAUAAUCUAACCUAUCUCCAACUGAUGGAAAGGUGUGUGACUGAUCCUGCCACAGGACUCUGCCUCCUCCCACUCUUUGAUAAGUCAGAUAAGGGGAGUACCAUCUUCAUCGACUACCAAACUAAAAUGGCUUUCAAAGAAGAGAAGGUCAAAGUGCCAUGUGGAAAGUACAUGGGAAUGACAGUAUCUCUGUGGGAGCUACUAAUGUCAGAAUACUUUAAUGAACACCAGAGGCAGGACAUCAUUCAAAAGUACAAACAGGGGAAGCUUAAAAUCAGCAUGAUCAUUACAACAGUUCUGGAAGUCAUAGAGAAGUCUGUGAAAACUAAUGUCACCUUUGAAGGCAUCAGGGAAACUGUGACAGCAACCCAGCUUCUAGAGGCAGAUAUCAUAAGUAAGAAGGACCUGGAAGAUCUUAAAACAGGAAAGAAGACAGCAAAGGAGUUUACAGAGGAUGAAAAUGUAAAUAUGUACCUGCAUGGGAAAGACAGCAUUGCAGGUGUUCUGCUUCCUGAUUCUCAGAUCUUGACCAUCUACCAGGCCAGGCAGAAAGGAAAGCUGAUGCCAGGAACUGCUCUGAUUCUACUGGAGGCCCAAGCAGCAACAGGGUUCAUUAUUGAUCCUAUUGGAAACAGAAGAUUUUCAGUGGAUGAUGCUGUGAAAGCAAAGAUUGUAGGACCAGACCUUUGUCAAAAGUUACGCUCAGCAGAGAAAGCUGUCACUGGAUACAAAGAUCCACAUGACGGCAAAAUUAUCUCAUUGUUUCAGGCCAUGCAGAAAGACCUCAUUCUACAAGAUCAUGGAAUUCGCCUGCUAGAGGCCCAAAUUGCCACUGGAGGAAUCAUUGAUCCUGUGAACAGCCACCGCAUUCCUGUCCAUGUGGCUUAUAAGAGAGGAUAUUUUAAUGAGGAAAUGAAUCAGAUCCUGAGUGAUCCAAGUGAUGACACCAAAGGGUUCUUUGACCCCAAUACACAUGAGAACCUAACAUACUUGCAGCUCAUGGCAAGAUGCAUCACAGAUCCCAGUACAGGCCUGUGCCUCUUUCCACUCAAAGGCAAAAGCAAUAAAAUUAUCAUCGAUGAUCACAUGAAGGAAACAUUUAGGGCAACAACAGUCAGUGUUAGGUAUGGCAGAUUCUGUGGCAAGCAUACAACACUGUGGGAUCUCAUUAACUCAGAAUAUCUGGCUGAGAAUAAAAGACAGGAGUUAUUCAAGCUCUACAAGUCAAGGAAAAUCACAGUUGAGCAAAUAACUGUCAUUAUUUUGGAGAUCAUUGAAAGCAAGGAGAUAAAACAGCAGGAGGCACUGGAUUUUGAGGGCCUACGAGGCAACAUCUCUGUUGUGGAUCUUUUGAAGCUGGGAAUUGUGGAUGAAAAAACAUACAGUAGUAUGGUAGAUGGAAAGCUGACAAGCACUGAUGUGAUGAAGAUAGACAGUGUGAGAACCUAUCUACAAGGAAAAAGCUGUGUAGCUGGGGUGGUACUUCAACCGUCCAAUCAGAGACUAAGCAUCUAUGAUGCACAGAAAAAGGGCAUUCUGACACCUGGUACUGCCCUUUGUCUUCUUGAGGCACAAGCAGCCACAGGAUUCAUUGUUGAUCCUGUCAAAAACAAAAAAUUUACUGUAGAGCAGGCUCUCAAAGAGAAGGUAAUUGGCCCUCAGGUAUAUGAAAAGCUCUUGUCAGCAGAGAAAGCUGUCACUGGUUACAAAGAUCCAUACACUGAUGAAAAGAUUUCUCUUUUUCAAGCCAUGAAAAAAGAUCUUAUUGUGAAGCAGCAUGCCAUCCGUUUACUUGAGGCUCAGAUUGCCACAGGUGGUAUCAUUGACCCCUUGAAGUGCCUUCACUUACCACUAGAGGUUGCAUACAGAGAGGGAUAUUUCGACUCAGAACUUAAUCAAAUUCUGUCUGACCCCAGUGAUGACACCAAAGGUUUUUUUAACCCAAACACACAAGAAAAUCUGACUUACAUGGAAAUGCUGGACCGCUGCAUAAAAGAUAAAGAAACAGGUCUGUUUCUCCUUCCACUGAACGAAAAGGCCAAAGCUAGGGAAAUAAAGGAGAAAAUACACACUGACACAGAGAUAAAACAAGAGUUUGAAAAGACAGCUGUCAACAUAUCAAUGGGCCGCUAUUCUGGAAAAUCAGUUUCUCUUUGGGAACUGAUCCACUCUGGGUACUUCACACAGGAUCAACGGCUUGAGUUGAUAGAAAAAUACAGAACAGGGAAGAUAACCACCCACAGCAUAACCACAUUGGUAAUUUCAACCAUUACAAAACUGGAGCAAAGUGAGAACUGCAGAACAACAAUGGGCCUGAGAAAGCCUGUGUCUGCCCAACAGCUUCUAGAUUCUGAUAUAAUUGAUGCAAAUACAUUCAACAGUGUGAAAGAAGGGAAACUCACUUUUGAAUCAGUAAUGGAAUGUGAAUCUGUGAAAGGAUACCUGAAAGGAACUGGAAGCAUUGCUGGAAUACUGAUUCAUCCAUCCAAGAAAGUUAUAAGCAUCUAUGAAGCAAAAACGCAAGGUCUGUUGACACCUGGCACCGCACUUGUACUACUUGAAGCACAGGCUGCAACAGGAUACAUCAUCGACCCUCUCAAGAAUGAAUCCUACACUGUUGAUGAAGCAUCAAAAGAAAAUGUAGUUGGUCCAGAUGUACAUGAACAACUCCUGUUAGCUGAACGAGCAGUCACUGGCUAUGUGGAUCCAUACACAGAUGCAACAAUAUCAUUGUUUGAAGCCAUGAGUAAAGAUCUGAUUCAAAGAAGCUAUGGUAUUCGUCUUCUUCAGGCACAAAUAGCAACUGGGGGCGUCAUUGACCCUGUUCAAAGUCACAGGCUUCCUGUUCAUGUUGCAAAGAAGAAAGGAUAUUUUGAUGAAGAAAUGGACCAGAUUUUGUUGGGUACCAGUGAAGAGACAAAGCAAUUCUUCAACCCAAACACCAAGGAAAACCUUACUUACCUCCAGCUGAUGAAAAAAUGUGAGACAGACCAAAAAACUGGCCUUCUUCUUCUACCACUCUAUGAAGAAAAAUCACAUGUUUUCCACACAGAUGAACAAACAGAGCUUACAUUCACAAACAAAAUGAUUGCCUUAAAUGCAGGGAAGUUUCAAGGCAAAGAAGUGUCACUGUGGGAAGUGCUAUUGUCUGAAUACAUUUCAGAACAAAAGAGGGAACAGCUCAUACAACAAUACAAGACAGGAGCUAUGAAAAUAGAGGAGAUCAUUGAGAUAGUCACUGUAAUCAUUACUGAAGUAACAUCCAAAGAGAAAAAAUUCAAAGGCCUGAGAAAGAGAGUCUCGGCCAGUGAACUAUAUGAGUCAAAAAUUAUCUCAAAAGAGCUUUUCACACAGAUAAUACAGGGGGAAGUAACUGAGGAGAAUGUGAACAAAAUGGAAUCAAUUCAAAAGUACCUUGGAGCUACUAAUUGUAUCGCAGGUGUCAGAAUUGAAUCCACAAAGAAAGUCAUGAGCAUCUACGAAGCCAAGUCCAAAGGCCUUCUGACCCCUGGUACUUCUCUGGUUCUGCUGGAGGCUCAGGCUGCCACUGGCUUUGUCAUAGAUCCAGUGAACAACAAGAAACUUUCUGUAGAGGAAGCUGUGGCUCAAGGAGUGGUUGGCCGUGAGUGGAAAAACAAACUUCUUUCAGCAGAAAGAGCAGUGACAGGAUACAAAGAUCCCUAUACAGGAGACAUUAUUUCUUUGUUCCAGGCCUUGAAAAAAGAUCUCAUUGUCAAAGACCAUGGAAUUCGCCUCCUUGAAGCACAAAUUGCAACAGGGGGCAUAAUCGAUCCAGUGUAUAGCCAUCGAGUGCCUGUACAGGUGGCAUACCAAAGAGGCUACUUUGAUGAAGAAAUGAAUCAGAUUCUGUCUGACCCUGAUGAUGACACCAAGGGCUUUUUUGACCCCAACACCCAAGAGAAUCUCACCUAUCUCCAGCUGGUCGAGAGGUGUGUCAGAGAUCCCAUUAGUGGCCUUAGCCUACUGGUCAUUGUGAAGAAGGGAGAGUUCUACUUCUUUGUUGAUGAGGCAACAAAACUCAUUCUGAAAUCUACAACAACAACCAGAGCAGGAGGGAAAUACCAAGGAAAGACUGUGUCUCUGUGGGAUCUGCUAUAUUCUAAAUACAUCACAGAAGAGAAGAGAAGAGAACUUGUACAGCAGUACAAGUCUGGAGCUAUCACAAUUGAACGCUUCCUGGAGAUAAUACUGACAAUCAUUCAACAGCAGACCACAACCUCAACAUCCUCAAUAAUCACCUGCCAAGCACCAGAAAAAACAACAGAGAGCAGCAAAACAAAAACUACCAUCACCACUACCACAGCCACAGAGACAAGUCAGACCACAAAUUUCCAUGGGAUCAGGAAGGAUGUCACUGCUGAUGAGCUGCUCGAAUCAAAAAUCAUUGAUGAAGAUCUGUACAAAGAUCUAAAUACAGGAAAGGUCACAGUGAAUGAAGUAAGUGAAAUGGACUCGGUCCGGCAGUACCUAGAGGGGACCAACAGCAUUGCAGGGGUGUAUCUGCAGUCAAGUGAAGAAACCAUGAGCAUUUAUGAAGCCAAGUCCAAAGGCCUUCUGACCCCUGGUACUUCUCUGGUUCUGCUGGAGGCCCAGGCUGCCACUGGCUUUGUCAUAGAUCCAGUGAACAACAAGAAACUUUCUGUAGAGGAAGCUGUGACUCAAAGGCUGGUUGGUAAUGAGUGGAAAAACAAACUUCUUUCAGCAGAAAGAGCAGUGACAGGAUACAAGGAUCCCUACACAGGAGGCAUUAUUUCUUUGUUCCAGGCCUUGAAAAAAGAUCUCAUUGUCAAAGACCAUGGAAUUCGCCUCCUUGAAGCACAAAUUGCAACAGGCGGCAUAAUUGACCCGGUGCACAGCCAUCGAGUGCCUGUACAGGUGGCAUACCAAAGAGGCUACUUUGAUGAGGAAAUGAAUCAGAUUCUGUCUGACCCUGACGAUGACACCAAGGGCUUUUUUGACCCCAACACCCAAGAAAAUCUCACCUAUCUCCAGCUGGUCGAGAGGUGUGUCAGAGAUCCCAUUACUGGCCUUAGCUUAUUGGUCAUUGUGAAGAAGGGAGAGUUCUACUUCUUUGUUGAUGAGGCAACAAAACUCAUUCUGAAAUCUACAACAACAACCAGAGCAGGAGGGAAAUACCAAGGAAAGACUGUGUCUCUGUGGGAUCUGCUGUAUUCUAAAUACAUCACAGAAGAGAAGAGAAGAGAACUCGUUCAGCAGUACAAGUCUGGAGCUAUCACAAUUGAACGCUUCCUGGAGAUAAUACUGACAAUCAUUGAAAAGCAGACCACAACAAUUUCAACAUCUUCAAUAAUCACCUGCCAAGCACCAGAAAAAACAACAGAGAGCAGCAAAACAAAAACUACCAUCACCACUACCACAGUCACAGAGACAAGUCAGACAACAAAUUUCCAUGGGAUCAGGAAGGAUGUCACUGCUGAUGAGCUGCUCAAAUCAAAAAUCAUUGAUGAAGAUCUGUACAAAGAUCUAAAUACAGGAAAGGUCACAGUGAACGAAAUAAGUGAAAUGGACUCGGUCCGGCAGUACCUAGAGGGGACCAACAGCAUUGCAGGGGUGUAUCUGCAGUCCACCAAGGAGACAAUGAGCAUUUAUGAAGCCAAGUCCAAAGGCCUUCUGACCCCUGGUACUUCUCUGGUUCUGCUGGAGGCCCAGGCUGCCACUGGCUUUGUCAUAGAUCCAGUGAACAACAAGAAACUUUCUGUAGAGGAAGCUGUGACUGAGGGACUGGUUGGCCGUGAAUGGAAAAACAAACUUCUUUCAGCAGAAAGAGCAGUGACAGGAUACAAAGAUCCCUACACAGGAGGCAUUAUUUCUUUGUUCCAGACCUUGAAAAAAGAUCUCAUUGUCAAAGACCAUGGAAUUCGCCUCCUUGAAGCACAAAUUGCAACAGGGGGCAUAAUCGAUCCAGUGUACAGCCAUCGAGUGCCUGUACAGGUGGCAUACCAAAGAGGCUACUUUGAUGAGGAAAUGAAUCAGAUUCUGUCUGACCCUGACGAUGACACCAAGGGCUUUUUUGACCCCAACACCCAAGAGAAUCUCACCUAUCUUCAGCUGGUCGAGAGGUGUGUCAGAGAUCCCAUUAGUGGCCUUAGCCUACUGGUCAUUGUGAAGAAGGGAGAGUUCUACUUCUUUGUUGAUGAGGCAACAAAACUCAUUCUGAAAUCUACAACAACAACCAGAGCAGGAGGGAAAUACCAAGGAAAGACUGUGUCUCUGUGGGAUCUGCUAUAUUCUAAAUACAUCACAGAAGAGAAGAGAAGAGAACUUGUACAGCAGUACAAAUCUGGAGCUAUCACAAUUGAACGCUUCCUGGAAAUAAUACUGACCAUCAUUCAACAGCAGACCACAACCUCAACAUCCUCAAUAAUCACCUGCCAAGCACCAGAAAAAACAACAGAGAGCAGCAAAACAAAAACUACCAUCACCACUACCACAGUCACAGAGACAAGUCAGACCACAAAUUUCCAUGGGAUCAGGAAGGAUGUCACUGCUGAUGAGCUGCUCGAAUCAAAAAUCAUUGAUAAAGAUCUGUACAAAGAUCUAAAUACAGGAAAGGUCACAGUGAAUGAAGUAAGUGAAAUGGACUCGGUCCGGCAGUACUUAGAGGGGACCAACAGCAUUGCAGGGGUGUAUCUGCAGUCAAGUGAAGAAACCAUGAGCAUUUAUGAAGCCAAGACCAAAGGCCUUCUGACCCCUGGUACUUCUCUGGUUCUGCUGGAGGCUCAGGCUGCCACUGGCUUUGUCAUAGAUCCAGUGAACAACAAGAAACUUUCUGUAGAGGAAGCUGUGACUCAAGGCCUGGUUGGUAAUGAGUGGAAAAACAAACUUCUUUCAGCAGAAAGAGCAGUGACAGGAUACAAGGAUCCCUACACAGGAGGCAUUAUUUCUUUGUUCCAGGCCUUGAAAAAAGAUCUCAUUGUCAAAGACCAUGGAAUUCGCCUCCUUGAAGCACAAAUUGCAACAGGCGGCAUAAUUGACCCGGUGCAUAGCCAUCGAGUGCCUGUACAGGUGGCAUACCAAAGAGGCUACUUUGAUGAAGAAAUGAAUCAGAUUCUGUCUGACCCUGACGAUGACACCAAGGGCUUUUUUGACCCCAACACCCAAGAAAAUCUCACCUAUCUCCAGCUGGUUGAGAGGUGUGUCAGAGAUCCCAUUACUGGCCUUAGCUUAUUGGUCAUUGUGAAGAAGGGAGAGUUCUAUUUCUUUGUUGAUGAGGCAACAAAACUCAUUCUGAAAUCUACAACAACAACCAGAGCAGGAGGGAAAUACCAAGGAAAGACUGUGUCUCUGUGGGAUCUGCUAUAUUCUAAAUACAUCACAGAAGAGAAGAGAAGAGAACUCGUACAGCAGUACAAGUCUGGAGCUAUCACAAUUGAACGCUUCUUGGAGAUAAUACUGACAAUCAUUGAAAAGCAGACCACAACAAUUUCAACAUCUUCAAUAAUCACCUGCCAAGCACCAGAAAAAACAACAGAGAGCAGCAAAACAAAAACUACCAUCACCACUACCACAGCCACAGAGACAAGUCAGACCACAAAUUUCCAUGGGAUCAGGAAGGAUGUCACUGCUGAUGAGCUGCUCGAAUCAAAAAUCAUUGAUGAAGAUCUGUACAAAGAUCUAAAUACAGGAAAGGUCACAGUGAAUGAAGUAAGUGAAAUGGACUCGGUCCGGCAGUACCUAGAGGGGACCAACAGCAUUGCAGGGGUGUAUCUGCAGUCCACCAAGGAGACAAUGAGCAUUUAUAAAGCCAAGUCCAAAGGCCUUCUGACCCCUGGUACUUCUCUGGUUCUGUUGGAGGCCCAGGCUGCCACUGGCUUUGUCAUAGAUCCAGUGAACAACAAGAAACUUUCUGUAGAGGAAGCUGUGACUGAGGGACUGGUUGGCCGUGAGUGGAAAAACAAACUUCUUUCAGCAGAAAGAGCAGUGACAGGAUACAAAGAUCCCUACACAGGAGGCAUUAUUUCUUUGUUCCAGGCCUUGAAAAAAGAUCUCAUUGUCAAAGACCAUGGAAUUCGCCUCCUUGAAGCACAAAUUGCAACAGGCGGCAUAAUUGAUCCAGUGCAUAGCCAUCGAGUGCCUGUACAGGUGGCAUACCAAAGAGGCUACUUUGAUGAGGAAAUGAAUCAGAUUCUGUCUGACCCUGACGAUGACACCAAGGGCUUUUUUGACCCCAACACCCAAGAGAAUCUCACCUAUCUCCAGCUGGUCGAGAGGUGUGUCAGAGAUCCCAUUACUGGCCUUAGCCUACUGGUCAUUGUGAAGAAGGGAGAGUUCUACUUCUUUGUUGAUGAGGCAACAAAACUCAUUCUGAAAUCUACAACAACAACCAGAGCAGGAGGGAAAUACCAAGGAAAGACUGUGUCUCUGUGGGAUCUGCUUUAUUCUAAAUACAUCACAGAAGAGAAGAGAAGAGAACUCGUUCAGCAGUACAAGUCUGGAGCUAUCACAAUUGAACGCUUCCUGGAGAUAAUACUGACAAUCAUUCAACAGCAGACCACAACCUCAACAUCCUCAAUAAUCACCUGCCAAGCACCAGAAAAAACAACAGAGAGCAGCAAAACAAAAACUACCAUCACCACUACCACAGUCACAGAGACAAGUCAGACCACAAAUUUCCAUGGGAUCAGGAAGGAUGUCACUGCUGAUGAGCUGCUCGAAUCAAAAAUCAUUGAUGAAGAUCUGUACAAAGAUCUAAAUACAGGAAAGGUCACAGUGAAUGAAGUAAGUGAAAUGGACUCGGUCCGGCAGUACCUAGAGGGGACCAACAGCAUUGCAGGGGUGUAUCUGCAGUCAAGUGAAGAAACCAUGAGCAUUUAUGAAGCCAAGUCCAAAGGCCUUCUGACCCCUGGUACUUCUCUGGUUCUGCUGGAGGCCCAGGCUGCCACUGGCUUUGUCAUAGAUCCAGUGAACAACAAGAAACUUUCUGUAGAGGAAGCUGUGACUCAGGGACUGGUUGGCCGUGAGUGGAAAAACAAACUUCUUUCAGCAGAAAGAGCAGUGACAGGAUACAAAGAUCCCUACACAGGAGGCAUUAUUUCUUUGUUCCAGGCUUUGAAAAAAGAUCUCAUUGUCAAAGACCAUGGAAUUCGCCUCCUUGAAGCACAAAUUGCAACAGGCGGCAUAAUUGAUCCAGUGCACAGCCAUCGAGUGCCUGUACAGGUGGCAUACCAAAGAGGCUACUUUGAUGAGGAAAUGAAUCAGAUUCUGUCUGACCCUGACGAUGACACCAAGGGCUUUUUUGACCCCAACACCCAAGAGAAUCUCACCUAUCUCCAGCUGGUUGAGAGGUGUGUCAAAGAUCCCAUUACUGGCCUUAGUUUACUCCCACUGCAUAAAUAGAUAAUCCAGGAUAAUCCCCCCACCCCCCACCCCCACCCAAAAAAAAAAAAGAAAAGAAAUUGUUCCUGUGUUUUGCUUGCACUUUCAAGUGAUUUUUUUUUAUAGUUCUUUCAAUAUAUAUACACAUUCAUCCUUCUAUGUUUCAUAAGGAAUCAUUACAUGUUUUGAAAUAAUUCUACUUUCAUACUGACAAAAUGUCUUUCAGUUUAGAUGAAGUUGUACAAGUGAAGUUGAUAAGAAAUAGAAAAGAAAAAGAAAAAGUCAAUUUUUAGUUUGUUUAGUAUUGAAUGUUGUUCAGUGCUUCUUUGUGAAUACCACUGACUGGGAAAAAAAAAAAAAAAAUUUACCUUUAAACACAUUAACUGAAAUUAUUGCUGUUGCAUAAAAAAAGUCAUCUCAACAAUCAAUGGAGUUAAGUUUGAGUUUAUAUUGAAAUGUUAAUUCAGAUUCAUUCUAAGGUCUUUUUCUAAUUAACUGAUGCCAACAUGUCACUGAACAAAGUAUCAUAUAUUAUGGAGUUGUGAUGCUUCUGUUUUUUGACUAAUUUCCUUUAUGUUGUUAUGUGGGAUGUUGAUUGAUGGACCUAUGUUUUACUUUGCACUUACUUUUUUGUCUUUUGAUGAGGGCUUUUCGCAAACUGUUUUAAGCAUUUCAUCAUGUGCGCUGCAAUAAAUG